GAGAUGGCUUCUUCGUCCUUCUCAUCUUUUCUUCCUCUCCUACUCCUCUUCCUCACCGUAACCGUGGAGUCGAGACCUUCACCUCAACAAGACAACAAACAGGUGUUACAUUCUCUCUUCGGCUCUCAUCUCUCUUCUCUGAUCUUGGCACCGCCCACCUCUGAUGAUGUCACUGAGGGCUCUGCUGGACAUCCUGCUGCUUCCUCCUCCUCCUCCUCCUCCUCCUCUUCCUCACCUCCCUCUGGAUUGGUUCUUGCUGGCGGUGCUGUGAGGGGAUUGGUGGACAAACGGGAAGCGGUUCCUCGGUUCUUCCUCGAUUUCCUGCAGCGACAGGCCAAAAUGAGGAGGCGGAGCCGAAAGUCGAUGGUGGGAGGAAGAGGAUGCUUCGGGAUGAAGAUGGACCGCAUCGGCUCCGUCAGUGGACUCGGCUGUUAG